UAGAAAGCUACGGCAUUUUCAUCAGCAAGAUAUUCAUUUGUGAUAACAUUUGCUGCUUGACAGCGCAAUUCGCCCCUCAUGUCAGCUGGUGCGUACAUUCGAACAACCAUUCCUGGAUAUGGUUGCUUUGACAUUCCCUUGGCCACUUCAAACACAGCUGGUGGUACAAUUUCUUUGCUGCAGCAGUAUUUGCCAGAGCGUCCGUGGCAUGGCAACAAAAUGCUCUCGUGUGGACUUUGUCAACUACAACCCGAGGACAUCAUUGAUUCCCGCUGCAGUGCUUUGGUUUUCACCAACUACUCGGAGAUCAGCAACCAGGAAAUGUUUCCCAUCCUCAAAACCGAAGAGCGAGGGAUCACUCUCGAACAGUUACAACGACUUCCAGGUUUCAUCUCAAAGAUGGCGGAGCACUGGUGCGAAACUUUUGGAGAACAUCGUGGCCGACAGCUGCAGCUCAAGACUUUCAACUUGUACCAUGCGGAUUAUUGGAUCAUCAAGCCAGCCACAAAUGGCUAUGGGGGACAGGGCUGCAGUUUGGUUGAGGUGAUGGCAGUGCAAAUUCAGAGACCUGACUGGUUUGUGUCACAUGCCUGGAUUGA